UGUUUCCAUAAUUAAGUCAGAGUCAGCCUCGGAAAACCGAGCGCGGCAAAUGAAAAAAAAAAGUCGAAUCAAUUGAAGACAACGAUAACGCCAUCACAAAUAGUAUUUCCAUAAUCCUAUUUCAGUUCUAAUUCCUUAUAUCUGUCCUAUAGUAUCCUAAUUAUUUUUUUCUCCAUUCGACUUAUCCAAACGAACUUUAGUCAUGGGUUGGUUCUGGGCAGAUGGGCCUCAGGCAAAGACCCAAUCGCAUUCUUUAUCGCAUCAUUCCUUCACUGAAUCUCAAAAUGGAUUUGGAGGCCGAUCACCCCCUCCAGGAUGUCCAAUGCACAAACACCAAAAGUCAGCCGACGCGAUAACAUCUUCCCCGGGCUAUUGUCCCGUGAAGCAUACCCUGUCCGCCGCCGACCCCCCCUCAGCAUGUCCAGUGCCCCAUGGUUCAUCAACAGAACGUAAUGAGUGGAAGAAAGAAUGCAGAAGAGAAUCUAAGAAAGACUACGAAUCAUCAUCUACACUAUCGAAGUUGAACCCUCUCAACUACAUGUUCCGAGAAAUAUCACAAGCCCCCGCUCCAGACCAAACGCACGUGCUUCCCACCUCACGAGAGCCCUCAACGAUUCCGAGGGGUGAUGGCGAUGGGAAUUGGGAAUACCCAUCUCCCCAACAGAUGUAUAAUGCCCUCCUGCGCAAAGGUUACACGGACACGGAUGUCACCGCGGUUGAGAGUAUGGUGAGCGUACACAACUUUUUAAACGAAGGAGCCUGGGCCGAGAUUAUGGACUGGGAGAGACGGUUUUCCGGCGGUUUAUAUAAGGGUUGGCGCAUGUGCAGCCAUGGCGAACAGAACUUCGAAACCCAGGUAAAGAAGUACGGAUACGAAAAAGAGGUGGAAGACUUAAGUCCAAGCCUAGUCAGAUUUCAAGGUCGACCACAGGAUAUGACACCCAAGGCGGCCAUGUUCCAAGUCAUGGGCUGGAUAUAUCCCGGAGCCUUUGGCACUGAACCACCUUUUGAUCGACACGACUGGUACGUUUCCCGAGAUAUCAACGGCCAGCGCAAAGAAGUUCGCUACGUUAUCGACUACUAUUCCGGACCACCUGAAGAGACGGGUGAGCCAGUCUUCUACCUCGAUGUCCGACCAGCCAUGACACCGAGCGGAGCAGCGGAGAGGGCGUUGCGAUGGGGAUGCGACGUAUGGUGGAGAGCGAUAGGAGGGGAUACACGAGAACGCGAAAAGCUAAAUCGGCCAAAGUCGUGAAUGAUAACUAUGUCUUAAACGACCAUAAACACAAUUAACGUUGAUGGGGCGUGGAGUUUUGGUAUUUGGUUUGCGGGAUGUAUCAUUAAGGGAACGCUCAACUUUUUUUACGGCGCCUCGCGAUGCAUCAUGACAUUUCGGAUUCACGAACUUUGAUACUCUGUACCAUAGUUAGCAACUUCUGCCAACUCCUCUUCUCCCAGAAUAGAGAUAACGGACCACGUGUUGCGACAUUUCCGUGGAUCUUCCCAAAGAACGCUACAACCUCAAUAUUGAAAUUGGGAAUAGCUGUUAGUUUAAAUCUAACCGAUCUUAAUUAAAAUCUAGAAAUCAGUGAUCGACCCCGCCGUUAAGUGCAAGCGCAUUAAUAAGUCGGUUAAAAUGGAUUGCGCUCAUCCAACAUACCGUACCGUUCUGAACAACACCAGGGAAUCAUUAUCGUCUCCCUUAUUUUCCCCUUAUUACCUUCGAAAUAAAGAAGAAGCAAAUUCAUUUCCGUAAAACGAGAAGUACAAGUGCGAUAGUAACAAUUUAUAGUUAAGGUGCUUAUGCGGGCAUCAUGGGCGCCAACGAUGUACCGAUAUGUAGCCACCGAAC